UUUUUUUUUCUCCUGAUAUCAUAUAACAUAAAUUAUUCAAUAUGGCUGACGAAGACCACACCUUUGAGACCGCUGAUGCCGGUGCCGCUUUGACUUUCCCAAUGCAAUGUUCUGCUUUGAGAAAGAACGGUCACGUUUGUAUCAAGCAAAGACCUUGUAAGAUUGUUGACAUGUCCACCUCUAAGACUGGUAAGCACGGUCACGCCAAGGUUCACUUGGUCGCCAUUGACAUUUUCACUGGUAAGAAGUUGGAAGAUUUGUCUCCAUCUACCCACAACAUGGAAGUUCCAAACGUCAGAAGACAAGAAUACCAAUUGUUGGACAUUGAUGACGGUUUCUUGUCCUUGAUGACCAACGACGGUGACACCAAGGAUGAUGUUAAGAUUCCAGAUGGUGAAUUGGGUGACAAGAUCCAAUCCGAAUUCGACGAAGGUAAGGACUUGUUGGUUACUAUCAUCUCUGCUAUGGGUGAAGAAGCUGCUAUUUCUUUCAAGGAAGCUCCAAAAUAAGCCUGUUAAUUUUGGUUAAUGAUUUUGUUGCACAUAGCUUUGUUUAGCUGAGGUGUUUUGGUUUCUUUACAUUCAGUUUAGUCCUAGUUAUUUUGUACAUUUACGUAUCAUACAUGGUAUAGUUAAAAAAAA